CAAUAAACCCUAACCUCAAUCAACGCUUCCCUCGUACGGCCAUCAGAUUUCCCUUUCUUUGAUGAUUAUUAUUUUUUUAAGAGAAAUUUCACGUACCAAUAUUCAAACGAACGGAGAGGUCGCAAUUAAGUUGGAAAACGUGAAGACAAAGCAUCCUCAAUUGCUGUAUGAAUCAAAAUUAUAUAAGAGCUACAGGGAGGAAGUACUUUUUCCUUGGAAUGGAUUCUAAGAAGCAAAGGAUUAGUAUUUUCAAUAAUCUGAUUGUUUUCCUGAUUCAAUUAAUUUUGCGUCAUACUGUCUCAAUCUUUGGCAGCUGGAAUUGCAAAUGUUAAAUGGUUUGGUAUUGAAGGGGUCUACGAAUGUCCUUGUUAUAGAUUUACUGGGGUCUAGCCUCAAGGAUUUAUUCAACUUCUGCAGUAGGAAAUUGUCACUGAGGACUGUUCUUAAGCUUGCAGACCAGAUGGUGGGAUUUUUCUCAUUGCUCAUAUUUCUGAUAUUAUACAAAUUAUGGUUUCAUUUUUUUUUUUUCCCUGAAAUCAUGUAUUCGCUAUCAGUUAAAUAGGAUUGAAUUUGUUCAUUCCAAGUUAUUUCUACAUCGAGAUAUCACACCAGACAACUUUCUGAUGGGCUUAGGAAGGCGUGCGAAUGGGAGAAAAUAAGAAUUUAACUGGAACUGCAAGAUAUGCAAGCAUGAAUGCUCACCUUGGUAUUGGAUAUUAAUAGUUGGAGAUGGGAAAUAGGGUGGCGAAGAAAAAGGAUGGGUCGGGAGCAAGAUGAGGAAAAGGAGUUGGGGAAGGUAUUGGGUAGUAUACAGCUUAGGAAAUAUGUGGGUGAUUAUUGGAAGUGGAGGUAUGAUGUGGAAGGUUGGUGCCUUCUAAAGUGAGCAUUUUUGGAUGGAGGUUGUGCUUAGACAGACUCCCAACAAGAGGAAAUUUAAAGAAACGAGGAGUGACCUU